CAGAAAUUUCAGUAGAUGAUUCCUUCACUGAAAAAGCCAGUGAGCUUUUCCGAACGAGGUUUUGGAAUCUUGGACAGAGGAGAACUUAAUAUGGCUGAAACAGUGAAGAAAUCGAGAAUAGUAAGUGAGGAUAACUUAGAAGAAUCGCUAAUGGAAGAGUUCAAUAUGCGUCUAAAAAGCUGUCUAAGCCAAGAUACCCUAGAAAAACAAUCAGAAUCCACCGAGCAAGAGGAAACGCUGUACGAAAACAUUGAAACUGUGAAAUCCUCCUCGACCAUCACUAAGAGUUUUCUGAAAACAGAGAGAACCGUAGAAAUCUUAAACUCCUCCAACUCCUCCAACAUUUCCAACGGCCACUCAGAUUCUGCCACGACAGAAAACAUCUACGAAAACGUACAGAGUAUUACGAAGACCUCAUCCGAAUACAUGGACAUGGACGGUAACGUUGAAACGAUAAAAAAAGUCAACACCGAGGUCAUUUAUGAAGAUCUGAGAACCGAAGAUCAUGGUGACACCGGUUUGGUUAAAGAAGACAUCGCUUCGGAGAAGACGAAACCUAGCUUCACCCUUCUCACAGCCGCUUCGGUGGAUACGCCCGAGAAGGCUGAUCUGAAGUCAGCCAAAGACAGAAUGCUCCUCUCCACAGAUGACACCUCCACGUUGUUCUUUACCCAGACCGUCACGUCGCCGAUGCUCACCCCUUCAGAGGAGAACGUCGACUUCCUUAAAGGCUUCAGGAGGGAAUCGAGCGCGAACUCAUCGCCAAAAGAUAGCAGUCGUAGCGAAGAGUCUUCAACAGCCGCAAACCAACCGGACCUGGUGCUGGUGGGUGGUGGUGACGUUGAGGUUAUCGCCGGUAUUGAAAAGCCUCCAGCGGAAAAGACUCCAGAUGGAAAAGAGACCAGCGAGCCUUUAGCCGAAAAGUACGUGGAUCAGGUGCAGGAAAACAUCUACGAGAAUUUGGAAACGAUGGAUGAAUCCAUCUACGAGAACUUGGAGGAUCUCAAGUCAACGAGGCCUGUCACUGGCUGUUUCGAUAAAUUGGAAAACACUUCGGAAUCUUUGUCUGAAGCGUUGCCGGAAAUUGUGUCCCAGAUAGAACAGCGUAAAAUGUACGAAUUUGCAGAAGACGAUGACGUGACAGAGACCAGCGACGUCUAUUCCUUGGACAAGCAAGUGUCGGAUUCCGACUCCUCCAAUUUUGUCUUGGACCCUUCCAGGCCUGAAGAUGCACCAAUUAGCUCAAGAAAAGUCGAUAGAUUCGGCGUUAUCCAAGACUACAUCAACAGCGAAGGGGCCGCCGAGGAAGAUCAAGAGGACGAGGAGAGGGCCAGGAGAACCGCGGAGGACUUGGAGGAACACCAGAAGGCUGGUUACGACGAUGCCGAGGUCAUGGAUUACAUAGCAAUGACCGAACAACCUAAUCUUAAGGAAAAAGAAUCUACUGAAGUGAAAACUAAACCAGACGAGAACGGAGACGGUGUGCAGGUGCAAGAAGAUGAGACUGACGAUGCUUUUCGCGAGAUAAAAUCUCCCGGUCAGACCAGAAUAGUAGACGAGAUCGUCAAGAAUUAUAUUGUCACCAAGUCUGAUGCCUCAGCAAAGAACAGGGAGAGAGAUACCGAGACUGUACCGGCCAAGAUUGUGCAGAACUUGACGUCGCAGUUCAUGAAAGGGGCAGACGAGAAAGAAGACUCACUUUGUAAGAAUAAAAAGCACGAUGUCAACCAGCUGAAAUCGGUGGGCAUCAUGAAACAGAUCAACAGGUUCGAACAGAAAGACGAGAUAGUCGAGAGUACCCAAAUCACGGAAAAUUACGUGGAAACGACUUCUUUCGAUUCCAACAUGGGCGAGAAAGCGAUGAAAAAGAAAAAAACGAAAAAAACGCGCAAAGAAGAAAAAGAAAACAUUUCUGUUAAUGAAACUAACCUGGAAUCGUUUUAUAACGUGAGCGUUAAGAAUUUGCGUAGGAGUUUUGGAGAUUUAACAAAAAUCGAUGAUAAAAUUAAAAAAAAAACUUACAAAGAGGAGUAUUCAUUAGAAAAGAAAGGGCGUUCGAAAUCUUUGAACUCCCUUACAUCGUGUCAAAAAUAUUUUGAUAAGAAUCUAUCAGGAGUGUCUGUCAAGACGUUGAAAGAGAAAUUUAACACGAGCUCUCAUCAUGGUCAAGAAAAAACACAUGAUAACACGAGAUCUGUGCGUAGUUUAUUGCGUAGCAGUAGUCAAAACCUAUCCCAAGUGAAAUCCAGUUUCAGCAAGUUUGACGCUCUACAAAAGAAAAAUGUGUUGCAUAUAAGAAGUAGCGAUUCGACCAGAGCCCAAGAAAAAUUCAACGGAACAGGUAUCGACACAACACUCUGUAAGUGCUGUGGCAAACAAGUGUUCCAAAUGGAACAAAUUAAAGCGGAAAAAGCAGUCUGGCACAAAAACUGCUUCAGAUGUCACGAAUGUAAUAAACAGCUCAACGUCGAUACGUAUGAAAGCCAUGAAGGAACAUUAUAUUGUAAACCCCAUUUCAAAGCACUGUUCGCCCCUAAGGCUGUUGAUGACAUUGAUGAACCACCCAAAACGAGAAAAACUGAAGUUAUAAUACGCGAAAACCAACCGUUAGAAUUACCACCUGAUGUCGUUAGAGCAAGCGAUAAACCAGACCUUGGUCUAGAGGAACUUCAGAGCCUUAAUGUUAAAGAACGAUUCCAUGUCUUCGAACAGCACCAGUCAUCUGACAGUACUCUAGAACGCACCCAAGUCAAUGUUAAAAGGUCUCCAUCAAUUCUAUCCAAAUUAGCCAAAUUUCAAUCCAAAGGCAUGGACAUUGGUGUUACUGAUGAGUCGUUGAACGGUAUACCUAUUGAAGAAAGCUCUAGUGAUGAGGAGGAGGAAAAUAUCCCGGAAGGAGAAGACGCAGAGUUGGUCAGAGCGAAAAGGGUCCAAAAAGAAAAACCUUUCCAUUUCACAGGAAUGUCCGACGUCAAAAAUAGGUUUGAACAUGGAGAAUCCAAUAGUAGAGAUGAGAGACGUGAAGAGAGAAAGCAAGAGAUUCAAUCAAUUAGGAAUAAAUUGUUUAUGGGUAAACAAGGUAAAAUGAAGGAGGCUUACCAAGAGGCUGUUAUGAAAUCAGAGUCUUCCGUUAAUUUAAAGAAGGAAGACAUCCAAGUAUGUGACACUAAAACAAUAAAGGAAAGGUUUGAGAAAGGUGAAAUUGUUCAAGAGGCCAAAGAUGAAAAGGAUGAAGAAGAGCUAGAAAUCUAUGAGAGUGAGAUCAGUAAAAAGUCCAGAAGUCUUUUCCUUGAACUAGACGCCAAUGCAUCAAAAGCACCUCAGCUAACGACUGCAGCUCCCAAACUCGAAAUCAAAAAAGCAAGAGAGGCCUAUAUACAGAAGUCUGCAUCUCAGGACACUGUGAAGUGUACGGAACAAAUUGACGAUGUAACAGUGCAGACAGCAGACAUACAACAGAGAUUUAAAUUUUUCGAGACCUAUAGAGAACCAGAGAAACAGAGAAAACAGUUCAGGAUCACACCUCCAAGAGAGGGACAAGUCAAGGGAUCCACACCAGAAAGAGAAUUGUACCACGACCCAGACAUAGUAAGAGCUGAUGAAGUAAUAGAAGAUUCUGUCAUUGCAAAAGAAACACACACCGCCACAAAAAUGUUGAACAAAUUCAGGCAGAUGGAAGAGAAUAUGUCCAAAGAGCCGGUACCCCAAGGCCCUAAACCUCUGAAAAGGUUUACACCUCCACCAGAACCUUCUAGAGAAGAUAAAUCUAGUGAAGAAGAAGGGUCAGAAAGCGAAGAGGAGGAAGUGGAUGAAUUGGACCAAAUUAAUUCGCAGAAAGUAGAAGAUGAAGAUCUCAUUGAGGCUAAGAAAGCUGCCCGAGCUAAGCAAUUAACAGCAAAGUUCGAAAAAUGGGAAGCCCAAGAAAUCAAAAAGGAGCAAAAUAACUUAAUAAACGUCAAUGAAGAUGAUCAAUCGCAAAUUGAAUCAACGAAAUUAUUAAGGGAACGAUUCGAAUCGAUGAAAGCUACUCACAUCGAAGUAAACAAACAGCCAAAAAUAAAAGUUAACCGAUUUGUGUGAAAAAAUUAGUAAAUUUUUUAUGGACUCCAAUCUACCCAUGAAUCAUCAACAAAUUUAAGAUUCAAACCAUCUUUGGCACCAAAUCAUUUUUUGACUAACAAACACUUCAAAAUAUUGAAUGUCGAUAUUUUCAAUGUGAAUUUGUAAUGUUUUAUGUUCUUACCCCAACAGAAGUAUGUGUUAUCUAACUGUUAUUUUUCAAAAGAAUUUGUUAUAUUAUAUUAGAGUCAAUUUUAAAUGUAUUAAUGUUUACAUCUAUCUUUUUUCGAAUAUAAUGUUCUUACAAUUUUUAUAUAUGUCAAUUUUUAGGAUAUUUUUGAAUUCGUAAGAGUUUUACUGACCGUUGUCUUCUUUAAUUAGAAUUUAUAUUUAUGAAAUAAUUUUUAGGACAAUAUUAUAUAAUAUGAUAUAAGUUAUUGUGCCAAUUCUACAAUUUAUUUGAAGAGUGCAAUAAAACUGUACGCAUGCACAGAAAGGUUUUCAUUAGAAACAACAAAAAUGUAGCAAAAAAAACCCAAUAAAAAAAUUCUUUUUCAUCAGCUAUCAAAGAAAUGUGGAUUAUGGUUGUAUAAAAGGAUUCCCUAAGGUUGAAAUUCAAACAUUAAUAUUUUAUAUAACACAUUAUUGAGAAUACCAAAAUUCUGUAACAUAACUUUUUCAGGCAAGUCAGUCUAUAUAUUUAUUUUCAUUUUAUAUUUGAAGAGGUUUGUUCUCAUUGUUUUUUAUCCAAAAUAAAACUUCACUCAAUCUUUCAA